AUGCCGAAGAGGCGCAAGAGCAGCGAGGAGGCGACCGAUGCGAGCGGCGAGGAUCUCAUCAGCGCCCUGCCUGACGCCGUCCUCCAGGUCGUGCUGUCCUUUCUGCCCUCGGACGAGACGGUGCGGACGUGUGUGCUCGCUCGGCGCUGGCGCCACCUCUGGAAGUCCACACCCACCCUACGCAUUAUCCAGAGUGAGGGUUGUGUGAUGUACUGGAGUGACUAUGCGAUGAAUAACUUCGUGAACUACCUUCUACUCCUCCGCGACCGCUUGCCGUUAGAUGAAUGUCAGAUCAGUUACAGCAAGCCAUGUGACCGUGAGGAACUCAAUGAGAUGCUCCGGUUCGUUAAUAUGUGGAUCCGCUAUGCCGUGUCACUCUGCCAAGCUCAGGUGCUCAAAGUAUGCAUCGGCAAUGUGGGCAUUCUCCUGGGGCGUAGCAACUUGGCUCUCACGUCACGGUUUCUCAGGAGGGUGGAGCUUACAGGUGUGAUUUUGUCUGGAUAUUCUCUAGACUUCUCAAGCUGCCCCGCAUUGGAGGAUCUGAAUCUGUGCUCUUCAAGAAUUUAUGGCCCCAAAAUCUCAUCCCAAUCAAUAAGACGUCUAAGUAUGACUCAAUGUGAUUUCAAUGUGGAUACUGGGUCCCGCAUGCGUAUCUCUGCCCCAUGUCUCGUAUCCUUGCAACUAGCUGAUGUUUAUGGGACUGCUCCUCUGCUUGAGAGCAUGCCGUUAUUGGUAACAGCAUUUAUCAGGCUUGGUCACGAUGGUUUUGGUACCUGUACACAUGAAGCUUACGGGGAUUGUGAUGAAUGUUUUCCCUAUAAUUCUGAUCACUCUUUCUAUGAUAUCUUUCCCUAUGGUGGCUCCUUUGCUAAUUACCGUGACAGCAAUGACUAUGUGCUUCUACAAGGCUUGUCAGGCACCACCAGUUUAGAGUUGACGACUAUUGAUCCUGAUGUGUUCACUUUCAGAAAGGAUUUGAAACAGUGCCCUACAUUUAGUAUGCUCAAGACAUUAUUACUCAAUGAGUGGUGUGUAGCGGCUGACUUUGGUCCACCAGUUAACUUUCUUCAGUGCACGCCAAUUCUGGAGAAACUUAUUAUUCAACUUCGACUUGAUAAGCUACCGAGAGUGAAUUCUAUGAUAGAAACAUAUGAAAGCUAUAACCCAGCAGUACAGUUGGUAUUGAAGCAUCUCAAGGAAGUUGAAAUCAAAUGUCAUAAGGAAGAUGAGGUGGUUCGCCAGAUUGUGAAGAUCUUGAGUACCUUUGGAGUACUUUCUGAUCAAAUUGACAUCCAAGUUAUCCAACAGGCAUAUGUUUCUGGAAGUUUCAGUUUCGAGCAGACUGAGAUCCUGGAUUGA